GGGGCUCCUAAAAAAGUAAAUAAAAAUGAAUUUCAACAACUUGUUAAAAUUGUUAAAGAUAAUAGACAAUCUAUAGCUGAAGAAAUUAUUAAUAAAUUUGUUACUCUUAUUAAAAAACAAAUAUCAGUAAGAUCUGUUUGUCAUUACUUAAAAGAAUUAGGUUAUAAAGAAUUACAGGU